UUUCGACUGAGUCGCAAAUGGCGCCCGCGGAUCGCUCAUGAAAAACAAAACCAGCAUGUCCAGCAAACGCAAUGCAAGCGAGAUUUCCUCCUCGCCAACACCUGGUGCGUCCACCAGUGUUGGCAAAGAGGGCACCGAGCCAGCGUCAAAACGCAUCCACAUUGAGCCAAUGAGGCUUGGUGCUGUAUCUUCACAGGAAGAGAUGGAUGUAAAGAUCUUGCGUUUCCAGAACCGCAAACUCGCUGAACGUCUCGAGAUGCGCUCAGUGAUGGAGAGUGAGUUACGGAAUCGCAUUGAGCGUCUUGAACAACGACAAGGAACGGAUGAGAUUGUGCUGGGCUUGAUGAAUAAAUACUGGACUCAGCUCGAAGAAGACAUCCGCAUUCUUCUCAAGAGGGUUGAAACGAAAGGCGUGUCAGUGGUCAAGAAAGAAAACAACCCAGACGUCAAGCCAGUCAUUAAGGAAGAGAAUGACCAGAUGGAGACUGAUGAGGCAACGGCGACAGCGGGGGAUGAGACGGGGUCUGGAGCAGGGGAUGGAACGCCUCAAGUUAAAGUCAAGGAGGAACCGUCUGAGAUGGAGGUGGAAACGGAAAAGAAAGAUACAGUUGUUGUCAAGGAAGAGAAGAAAGCUGAGACAGAAACCAUCACCUCCUUCUUAGCAACCCUAUCAAGCUGUGACCAGACUGAGAUUGAUCAACAGAUGCAAGAACGCUGUAAAUUCUCUAAGGAGGCUGUGACCAGAUUAGUCAAUUCCAUCACUGAAAUGCAGAACAGGUAUAAGACGAUGGCUGCAGACAUUCAAAAUAGAAGUGAUGUUGAUGAAGCAGUGAAGGCAACUAAUGCAGAAUUGACCAAUGAAAAUCAACGACUCCAGGAAAUGAUCAACUCACUGCAAGAACAACAUCAAAAGAUGACGUUACAGUUCACUGAACAGAGUGACAAACUAGGAGCAGCUGAGACUAAGUUAGCGGAAGCCCAUAACCUGAUAGAAGACCUUCGGUUUGAUCUGAGUCAGGCACGGCAGAGAGCACAGAAACUUGAGAUCCUCCUUGAAGAAAGUUACACUAAGCUCAGAAACGCAACUCUCAUCCCUGGACAUAUAUUUGGUGAUGGCUCAGCAGGGCUCUCCUCACAACAACUUCAGACUUUUGUCAACGAGUUGGAAGAGCACAAGGAGUUAGCAACAAACCGUCUAGUGGAACUUGAGAGGCUGCAGGAGAAACAUCAAGAACUUGUUAUGGAAUCAGAACAACUCAAGAUGGAUCUUCAACGUCUUCCUGAUUCUAUCGUCAUGGAUAGGGCACCCUAUAAGAACCUUCAGUCUCAGUUCUCCGUACUCUAUAAGGAGGCGCAAGAAAUGAAGACACAGUUUGAAGAAACGAGGAAUCUUCUUCAGCAGACGAAAGGAACUCAUCUAAGACAGAUGGAACAGAUGGAGAGUGAUGAACUUGCUUGCCAGAAGAAACUAAGAACCGAAGUGAUCCAGUUGGAGGACACAUUGUCUCAAGUCAGGAAAGAAUAUGAGAUGCUACGAAUUGAGUUUGAGCAGAACCUAGCAGCCAAUGAGCAAGCAGGUCCAAUCAAUCGAGAGUUACGUCAUUUAGUUUCAAGUUACCAGAGUCAUAACACUCAACUCAAGGGAGAAAUUAAUCGCUAUAGACAUAAACUCAAAGAGGCUCAAGCUGAAGUCAUGAAACUUAAAAGUGACAUGGCCUCUCAUGGCCACAGUAGUAGCAGCUCAACCUCAAGUAGUAGUGGUUUAGACCGGAGGGAGGUAAGCCACGAGAAGGAACAGCAACAGAAACGAGAGGAGGUGAAUAUUCACCAUGACGACCGGCGGGAUCCGAGGGAGAAAGAGAGGGAAAAGGAACGAGGCAAAGAAGAGAAGAAAGAAAUGGGGAAAGAAGCAGAGAUCAUCAAGGACCUCCGGGCUAAUCUGAAAAAAUCACAGGAAAAUCAGAAAGAGAUGAAACUUCUUCUAGACAUGUACAAAGGCUCUGCCAAGGAGCAGCGAGACAAAGUUCAGCUGAUGGCUGCAGAGAGGAGGUCUCGUGCUGAGGUUGAAGAUCUCAGGAUGCGACUACGACACAUUGAAGACAGAGAAAGACAAGAAAGUCGAAAGCUAGCGGAUGAAGAAGCCAUCAGGAAGAUACGAAGCUUAGAGGAAACCAUUUAUCAACUUCAGAAGAAACUUGCGGAUAGAAAACAGGAGGAGGAAGCCUUAUUAUCGGAGAUGGAAGUAACUGGUCAAGCCUUUGAAGACAUGCAAGAGCAGAACACGAGGCUACUACAACAGCUUAGAGAGAAAGAUGACGCAAAUUUCAAACUCAUGUCUGAGAGGAUAAAAUGCAAUCAGAUACACAAACUCCUACGCGAAGAGAAAGAUGUCUUAGCCGAUCAGGUGGCUACGCUACAGACCCAAGUAGAUGCUCAGAAUCAAGUGGUCCGUAAACUGGAAGAGAAGGAGAGGAUCUUGCAGAAUAAUCUCUCUACUAUGGAUAAGGAGAUUAGUCUACGACAGCAAUCAUUGGAACUCAAUAAAAGAAAGGCUCUUGAUAACACCCAAUCAGCAGCCGACUUAAAGAUGCAGCUCGACAAGAUCAAUGGACGAAUUGAAGAACUUCAGAGAUUAGUGAAAGAAAAGUCGAGUGCAGUCGAGCAAGAGAAUCAUAAAUUCCGAAGGGCCCAGGAAGAAUCUCAACAUCUUAGGAGGAAAGUAGAGCGAUAUAAGAGGAUGGAGCUAGCAAGUAGCACUGAUGAGGUGCUGAUGGAAGAAAUUAGGACUUAUAAGGAGCAACUUACUUGCCCAUGUUGUAAAAAAGGCCGGAAAGACGUGGUACUGACCAAGUGUUUCCACGUAUUCUGCUUUGAGUGUAUAAAGACUCGGUACGAAACGAGACAACGAAAAUGUCCCAAGUGCAAUGCAGGCUUCGGUGCCAACGACUACCACCGCAUCUGGUUAUCGUAAUUUAGUUUUUACCUCUUUUGAAUUUGUAUUUAUUUUAUUUUAAUUUGAUGUUUCAAGCAUUUUUAUGCCAGAACCUCCUCUCAGGGCCCAAUUUUAUAAAGCUGUUUAGCAGAAAAUGCUGCUCAGCAAAUUUCUUUGCUGAGAAGGAAAUUGAUGCGGCACCUGUGGCAUCAGUAUAAACUUGAUGGAAUGUUGGCUUGUAAUCUUUUUCUGCUCAGCAGGAUUUUUCUGUGCUUAGCAGGAUUUUGUGCUAUCAGGCUUUAUGAAAUAGGGCCCAGGGCUUAAGCAUGUGAAGCUGUUUGCUUAUACAAAGAAUAUUGCUU